AAAAUAAAUCUAAGAGAUCAAAAUUUUUACAUAAUAUUAAAUAAAAUAAUAGAAAGUCACUUAUCUUCAUUACUAAGACCGGAAGAAGCAAAAUAUCGGCGAUGAACUUUCUGAAACAAGCAUUCACCGUAACAAAAAUGUUGACAACCGAAGCCUUGACAUCGUUGAGGGCUUGUAACAUGGGAUCAUCGUUGCAACAGAUGCACAGAAAAGGUCCACAUUUCAAGGAUCGUCCACCACGCCAACCACUUGGUGGAAAACCAUUCGCCAAAGGUGUCAUUCUCAAAGUUCUCAUCAAGAAACCCAAAAAGCCCAACUCAGCGAAUCGAAAAUGUGUUUUAGUUCGACUCACAACUGGCAAGGAAAUGGUCGCUUAUGUACCCGGAAUUGGUCACAAUCUUCAAGAACACAACGUCGUGCUUGUACGUUGCGGUCGAUUGCAAGACGUUCCUGGUGUUAAACUCAAAUGCGUUCGUGGUGCUUACGACUUACCUCAUGUCAUCAAAGCCUAAAUCAGUUUCGAAGAAAUUUUCUGUUUAGUAUGUUAGAAAUUUGCGGGAAGUGAAUAAAUUGUUUCUUUUUUGUUGAAAGAAUAA